AUGGAUGACGAGUUUCAAACAACUGAUGCAAAUAAUGACAAUUCUGACGAUAGCGGGUCCGAAUUUUCUGGUUUUGGGCCUGAGGACAUUCCUUCUGACAUUGAAGUUGCAUAUGAAUCAGAAUCCAGAGAAAGUGAGUCGGAUUCUGACGACGAACCGACGACAGAAUGGACGUCAAGAUUUUCUCCCCUGGCGUUCAAUGACUUUGUUGAGCAACCUGGCCCCACUCUUCCUCAGGACUUUGAUGAUGAACUGGCUUACCCUUUGGACUUCUUUUCACUGAUGUUCCAGCCCAUGAUGUAUGCUGAAAUAGCAAGGCACACGAACAACUAUGCUACAUGGAAGAUGGAGUCUGAAGGAAGGCAUGACCCGCGAUGGACAGAAACGGAUGCAACAGAAAUUAGAGCAUUUAUCGGACUGAAUGUUUGGAUGGGAAUCAACUGGGUACCAACAAUUGAGAGAUAUUGGAGUGAAAACCUCUUCAUUGGAAACCAGGGUUUCAAGUCUGUCAUGACGUCAAACAGGUUCCAGAAGAUCAACCAGUACUUCCAUGUGUCAGACAGAGCCACUGAACCUCCACGAGGAGCUGCCAAUCACGAUAAACUCUAUAAAGUACGUCCUGUAAUUGAACAUGUGUCUGGAACAUUUGGUGCGUGCUACACAUUAGGGAAACAGGUCGUUGUAGACGAGGCAAUGGUUAAGUUCAAUGGACGCAAUUCCAUGAAGCAAUACAUGCAGGCAAAGCCCAUCAAGCGUGGAAUAAAAAUAUGGAUGUUGUGCGACUCCAACACAUAUUAUUGUAAUAAGUUCGAUGUCUAUCUGGGUCGUCAGAACAAUGCCACUGAACAUGGACUAUCCUACAAUGUAGUUAGGAAGAUGACAAGCGACAUCCGGGGCAGUAACCGAGAGGUAUACUGCGACAACUACUUCACGAGUGUAGCCUUGAUGGAGAAAUUGCUCGAGGAUGGGUUGUAUUCCUGCGGCACUGUUCGGGUGAAUCGGAAGCAGUACCCUGUGUCCUUGAAAAAGCCAAAAGAUCUCCGGGAACGAGGCCAGUUUAAGGUCCUGCAGAAAGGAACGUCCAAUGUCACUGCAUCUGUGUGGCGCGAUAAGAAGCUUGUGCACCAUGUCAGCACGCUGAGUGAUCCAACCCUGUCGCUUCCGGCUCAGCGAAGGACAGGGACUGAUGUGUUACACUUGCAGCAGCCACAUUCUGUCAAGGUUUACAAUGAGUUCAUGGGCGGUGUUGAUGUUCACGAUCAAUACCGCCUUUGUUAUGAGGUCGGCCGAAACUCAAAGAAGUGGUGGCGGUACCUCUUCUGGUUCAUGGUGAACACCGCCAUUGUGAACGCCUACCUCAUCUUCAAGGAGACAUCUAAACGUCGGCACUCGAAGAAACGCUUUGGCCAUCUAGACUUCCGUGAGGAGCUUGCUGGUCGCUUGGUUGCAGGCUUCUCCAAGAGGAAACGGGCAAGCCAAGGACAGGCGCUGGCUGGCCACGUUAACAAGGAGAAUAUGGGCCCCCAUGUUCAUGGCAUCUUACCUGGAAAGCGACGCCGGUGCAAGUACCACAGCCUGGUGUUGAAGGAGCGUACAGACACACGCUAUGGCUGCACCACCUGCAUGACGCCACUGUGUGUUCUUGAUAGAGACAUUCAAGUUGUCAUAGACAGUGAGCUGUACAAGAGUAAGCAAUGCUCUUGCAUACCUCAUCCAUGCGGUAGCUCCAGUGGUCAGUGUGACAGCAGAGAAUAUUGUGAUCCACUAUGUGUCCAGUUCAGUAGCCACGAUGGCUAUAAGACAGAACCAUCGUGUGUUACCCUAGAAAAAGUGGUGAAGUCAUGUAAAGGAGAAGCAGAAAUGGAUGUUGUAGAUGGCUGGUUUAUUACAGGGUCCUCUUACAAGCUGGAGACUCUGUGA